CCCGCUCCCGCUCCCGCUCCAGCUCCAGCUUCAGCGCCGAACUCGUCAGCUCCAACAUUAGCAUCAGCAUCAGCAUCUGCAUCUGCAUCUGCUCCGACAGCAGCGCCAGCGCCAGCGCCAGCUUCGGCCUCGGCUGCAGCUACUCCCACUGCUGCUGCUGCUGCUGCUGCUGCGCAACGCAGCAGCACCCUCCUCGAACCCGAUCCGUCGCAUGACCUCCUCGUCGCUGCUUUUCGAAAGACAUCGCCAGGUCUUGCUGCUCGCUUGAAGGCUCUGGGCCUCGGAGCGGCAAGCAAGAGAGCUACCAUCAGCUCCCAGCCCGUUGACAUCGGUCGCCUUGACGAAGAACACCUCCGCCAGCUCGACGAGAAACACCAGGCGGGUUCCGUCAGCGCCGUCAUCUCUCGGCGCGGUCGCCCCUGGAAAGGCGCCGGUGCCCCCCCUCCCAACCACUACAGAUCAACCAGCCAGUCGGACGUCUCCAUGUCCCCCGGAUCCACGGAUAUUGACCAACUGCCCGAGCUUCAGGUGUCGCAAUCACCGCCAAACAUGGAUACGCAAAAGUACCGCCUGCCCGACCACAUCAACGGCAAUGGGACCAAGGUCACUCUGGAUACUCGACGCGAACAUCUGGAGCGCAUCACGCGUCCGCCGUCGCCCAAGGAGUAUCCGCCUUUGCCCUCCUCUCCUCCCGAAGCCUCACUCUCGAAUUCGCCUAUGCAGUCCCUGUCCUAUUCUCCUUCCUACUCCCCAUCCCCGCCAACUCCCCCUCCGAAGGAAUCACCACCCGUCGAGAUCACACCACCUGUCGACGUCACGCCGCCUGAGGUCAUCACUUUCAACCACUUUGAGCCAGAGAUGAGCUCCUACUUCACCCAGGGCCACAAUCGGCCCGGGUCCAUCUAUACGCUUUCCCGGGCGUCGUUUGCUAACCAGCUUGCUCAACUCAACAUGCUCGGCAUUCCCGAUGCCGAAGCUCUCUCCAGCAAAGUGUCGGCCAUCCCUACAGCUCCGGUGGCCUCCAAAGCCCUCAUCAAUGCCGCCGAGCAGAUCCGGAGCUGGAUUUCAAAGGCCCUGGAUGUCGUCACUGGGUUGGACAGCGAGGACGACGUCGAGUGGGCUGCUGCCGGUGGCCGUGAAGGCCUGGAGGAGGUCGAGAACGCCAUCGCCCGCUUCGAGCAUCUCAUCAACGCCUAUGUUAACGCCAUCGACGAGCUGCAGAACCGACCUGAUAUCGCGACCGUCUCAACUGAUGACCUCAACCGCGCCGUUGCCCAGAUGGAGGCCAUAGCCGAAGAAUGGGGUCGCAUCAAGCACACUCUGCAAAAUGUGCGCAACCAGGUCGAACUUGCCAUGGAGUGGGAGGAGCUGUGGAACAGCGUAUUGGGCGACAUACAGACCGAGUUGGACGAGCUCGGCAGGCUUGUUUUUGAGAUGGAAGAGCGCCGCCACAAGAGCCUCGCUGUCGCUGCAAGCGGCGACAACGUCGACAUUGGAGACCUGGAGACUAUUGUCGAAGACAACCCUCUGUCGGCUGCGCGGCUGCAACCCUCGAACCGCUUCAGCCUGGCGCUGCCAAUGAGCCCCAACUCGGGAGGAACAUCGACCUUGUCCCAGGACGACUCGAGCUUACUCGCCCUCUUCGCGAGGAUGCAGCCUCUACGGGCUUCGCUGGACUUUUUGCCCAUGAGAUUGUCCAGCUUUGAAGCGAGGGCCAAGGACGCAUUCCCCACCGCCUGUGAUGAGUUGGAAAUGCGCCACGAGGCCCUAGACGGGAGCUACCACAAGCUGGAGAAGGACGCCGAGUCUCUGCGUAAGGAGCUUGGAGAGGACAGAUGGGUCAUUGUGUUCCGUGGCGCCGGACGCCAGGCUCAGAAGAUGCACGAGUCCGUCGAGCGGUCUCUCAUGAAGUUGAGAGAGGCCAUUGACGCCGGCAUGCAUCUGACGAACCAGCCCGCCAUUGCCAAGAAGAUUGAGAGCUACGAGGCCAAAAAGACGCACUACGGCCCUGCCAUCGAACGCGUCCUCGCCAUCAUCGACAAGGGCGUCAAGGAUCGCUUGACCGUCAACGGCGAGAUCUUGCGUCUGCACGCGGAGAUGCAGACACGGUGGGAAACGCUCAAGGCUGACAUGGCAGAGAUGGACCUUGUUCUCGAGGACAUUUACGCGGAACGAAAGAGCCAGCAACUGCGCGACUCCAUUUCCAGCAUGCUCUCCAACGAUAGGUCGACCAGUGGCAGCGGCAUGGAAACCCCGGGCAGCUCUCCGCCCUCAUCAGUCAUCAUGUCGUCGUUUGGCCGCGAUCCGCGCACGCCCGCGCGGAAACACACCAACCAGCUGCGAUCCCCCAACGCAAGCUCCUCCAGCGUCCGGUCGACUUCGACCAACCGGCGGGACUCGUCUCUCCCUGCUCCUGUCUCGAGGCUUUCCAAGAAGCCCGGAAACAGGCAGUCUUACUACCCCCCUUCUGCCUCGUCCUCGACCCUUCGCCCUGCCUCGACCAUGGGGCAGCGCCCUCGAUGGAACUCGUCGUCCCACGCCCUGGACGCUGAGCAAGGCCGCAGCCCACAUCGAACGCCUGUGCCCCAGAGGUCGACGACUUCCGUCACGCCCAGCUCGACAUCAAAGCUCCCCACCCCUCGAAGCUCCCUCACUCGCACCGGUGCAGAAUCCCCCAUGAGCGACGCGUUUCCCAGGUCGUGGUCUAGGAACGGGCACUCGCGGCUCUCGUUCCGUGAGCGCCUCACAUCCCCUGGGCCUUACUCUCAGACCAACCUGGCAAAGCAACAGCCAGCUCGCCGUUCCAACGUACUUCCAACUUCUUCAAACUUGACCCUUGACAACCUAAACACUCGUCCCAACAGCUCUAUGGCGACGUCUCGCCGCAGCAGCUUGUUGCCCACGCCAAGGGGCAGGCCAGAAUCAGCAGCCCGUGGAACGAGCCCCCUUCCCAUCUUCAGCCGGUUUAGUUCCCGCAAGUACAGUGACAACUCUCCCGAACCAAAGGAUCUCAAGCCCAGGUGGCGAUUCUGA